AUGCGAGCAGUCCAUCUACUCCUCGUGCUCGCAAUUUAUAUCACAAGAACUAGAAGUUUUAAUAAAGAAAGUAUAAAAGAAUGUGCACAAGUGUUAAGUGAGCAUAUGAAAGAGACGUUCUCAAAAAUAUCACACGAGACGAUACUCAAACAAAAUUAUGAAAAACUUGUGGAAGAAGAGCAGUUUGAUCCGAGAGCUGAACUGAAACGGAGUAAACAUCGGAUUGAAGAUUAUCUGAAAGUGCGAUCACAGUUUGCAUAUAAAGCUAAAAUCUCUCUGGAAGCAAGAUCAGUGAAAAAUGAUACGAGUGUUAAUGAUCCACAAUCAAAAUCAUUCAUUCGGUUUAUGUCUGCUAAGCAAGGAAACGAUGGAACAACAAUAUACGAAUCGAAUCAUUUGGGGAAGAAGCUGAAAGUGAACGAGACAAAAAGUUUCAAUUUGACCCAGAAUGCAAACUUCUACACGUUGCCGACAUCUUCUGUGUCUUCUGCGGUGCAUAUUCCAACUCCGCUAUACGACAGGAACGAAGAGCUUCUUCGAAAAAUCGACUGGUCCGACAUUGACGCCGUUUACCGAACGAAUCGAGAGGAAACGAAAGAUCUUGCAUUUCAAUUGUUUUGUUCUGAAGCCGGAUACAUGAGAUAUUAUCCAGCUGCAUCGUGGUUUUGGGAUAAUCAAGAUGAGCAUUUGGAUCUUUUUGAUUGUCGAAACACGGAAUGGUACAUCAAUUCAGCUACUAAUUCGAAAAAUGUUUUGAUUAUGUUGGAUAUGUCUGGAUCGAUGCUCGGUCAGAGAUAUGAAGUGGCAAAACAGACAACGGAAGCAAUUUUGGAGACAUUGUCCCAUAACGAUUAUUUCAAUAUUAUGACGUUUUCGAAAAACACAUUCCUUCUCGAUGGCUGUAAUGGUACAAAUGGUCUGCUCCAAGCAACAAUGCGUAACAAAAAAGCUCUUCGCCGGAAAAUGGAUACGUAUCAAAGUGAAGGAAAAGCCGAAUACGAGAAGGCGCUUCCGUUGGCAUUCAGUGUUCUUCUUGACUUAAAAGGAUCCUACGCCCUGUACACGAAAGAAGAGAUGUCAAUGAUGUCAGGAAAUGCGACGAACGAUUAUCAAUUCCAUCUGGAACUUCCCGAGCACGUUCUCGCCGCUACAAGACAGUAUAUUGAUUCAAUCAAUAACGGUGGAGGUGAUAACAAUCGAGGAGCCUGUGAAAAUGUAAUCAUGUUGAUUACUGAUGGUGCUCCAAACGCCUAUAAGAAGAUAUUUGAUAUGUAUAACGCCGAUAAGAAGGUCAGAGUGUUCACUUUCUUAGUUGGAGACGAGGCGAUCGAUUUCAAUGAAGUGAGAGAAAUGGCAUGUAACAACAGAGGAUACAUGGUUCAUGUAGCGAAUAUGGCUGAUGUUGAUGAGAAGAUUCAUCAUUAUAUCAGAAGGAUGUCAAGGGUGGUUGGAAGGCAUUAUAAGGAAUCAGGACAAUUGUCAUGGUGGACUGGAGUAUACAGAGAACGAUUGUAUCUGCCACGUCCCGAAGUUUUUGCUGAACCAGUUCCAAUCACCAAUCAAUCGUUUGCCGUGAUGAACAAGAUGGCAUCUCGUCGAAAAAUUCGACUCCAAAAAUCAGAAGCCAGAAGUCGAAUGUUCGUUACAACAGUUUCUUAUCCAGUUAUUGUCAAUGAAACGUUUAUGGGAGUGGCUGCAGUCAACAUUCCCCUGACAGAAAUAGCCCAAAAAUCCCAUCCAGCUAAUAUUGGAGCAAAGAGUUAUUUCUUCAUGUUGGAUCAAAAUGGAUUUGUGAUGACUCAUCCGCAACUUCGACCUAUUGAUCCUGUCACAAAAUACCACAAACAAAAUUACAAUAACAUGGAUUUAUUGGAAUUGGAAGUUGGCCAAAAUCAGAAUGUUCGAUCCAGUCAAAAAUCUCAAGCCGUGUCUGAUUUGGUUUGCGAAUCGGGUGCAAACUAUGCCGAAUGUGUUGACGAUUUGAGAAAGGCCGUUAGAAAAAUGAUAAUUGAUUGUGAUAACAGUGAUGUUCAACAAUUGGAUGUUCUCUAUGCAACUGAAUUGUUGGAUCGAGUGUAUCCACAAACGAAUACCUACUACGCCGAGUGCAUCAAUCAUGCGAACUUCGUUUUGGGAUUGGCUGUGGCUAAAGGAGACGAUUAUAGGAUAAUUAAAAAACAGAAGAAAUAUGAUUUCGGAAGAGUCAAAAUGGAUUGGAUGGGAGAUAAAAGAUGGAAAUUGCAUCCUCAUUGGCGAUACUGUUUCUUGAACGACACAGACACUCACAUGACUAAAGAAGAAGCAUUUGAGAUUUACGCUCAACAAAUGUCCGAUUCCGGAAAAGCUCCUCUUCUAUGCGAAUACAGAAGAAAUUUGGUUGAGAAACUACUACUUGAUAUGGAAGCAACAAGUAAUUUGAUCGACAGUUGGGACACACAGUAUUCAUAUAUGAAGAACAAUCUGAUACAUCUUGCGUUCUUCUCCACACCAUCCGGAAUGAUUCGAUAUUAUAACUUGACUCUUCAAGAUUAUGAUUAUAUUGAUCCGUAUUGGAGUAUCUUUGAACAUAUUGGACAUUUACUAUCGUUUGAACAUGCACAAGAAUCAUAUAACCAUUUCAUUACGGAUCUGAAUCGCAAGUCUACAGAUGAUCGUUAUUACCGCCGUGCUGUUCGAAUGAAGGACACAAUUAUGUUUGAUGUUUCGAAUAAUUCCAAAAUUUGGUACAAAUCAGAAACCCAGUUAACUGGAUACGGACUCAACGAGAAUCUGACAAUGUUGGGACAAGCAUUCAAGGCGAUUUAUCUCGAUAAGGCAGUUUUGGGAGUAUCUGGAUAUGAAUUUGCAUUUGAUCAUGUGGUUGACACAAUGGCAGAACAUGGAUGUCCAGCAUCUGACGACAGGAAAUGGUGUCUUCUGUUGGAUGAACAUGCCUAUGUAUUCUUCAGUAAUCAAAAUGACAUUUCAUAUGAAGAUUAUUUGGUUGGAAAAGGAAAACACAUCAGUCAAUACUUCGGAGGAUUGAAUCGAAUUGCACAGAGAGCAAUGGCUCUUCUGGUUGAGAAUAAAUUCUACACCAAAUUUACAUACACGGACAAUCAGGCAGUUUGUAAAGCCGCAAAACAAGUCACACUGUCGGCUGGAAGAUUAAGACCUUUCUAUCAUGUAUUCCAAUUCCUCAUGCAAACAUUCAAUUUCAUGGUGCGGUUAGCAAGUCAAGUGUCCGGAGGAUAUCUAAUUUGGCUUCCGAAUAUACAAUUCACGGAAGCCUACACUGCAUCAUUCCACGAAGGAACAGAUGUCUAUCCGUGUCCCAAACAAUCAUCGUUUUACUUUUCGAACAAAGACGGCAAGAAUCGACCUACAAGCACGCAUCUUGUCACUGGAAAUCGUUCUGAGAGACCGUGCAAGAUGAAUGCAAAAUGUUCUGUCAAAAUAGAAGCUGCUUUCGUCGACGGAACGAAUUUAGUAAUGGUGUGGAUCACACAAGAUAAAGCCAGUGAGAACUGUUACGACGAAUCGGAAUGUUCAAUGGAUAUUCCGAGUGCGCAGGUUCCAUUCGGAUUCGAAGAAGUCAAAAACGAUGAGUCGUGCGAGAAUCUUGAAAAGCGAAAAUCGAAAGCGAACGAUGUUUGUUAUUCGAUAGACGAUGAUGAUUCAGAGGUAAGUGUUACUAACGAACGUCGUCCAUGCUCACUGAGCCCAUCAUCCCUAGUGUCAAUUGUCCCAAUUCUAGUCGGUUUCCUCCAUUUUUACAUGUUCUAA